CUAAUAACCAAAAAAGUGUUCUCUCUUUCGCAAAUCUAAAAAAAACAUAGCAUUCUGCUCAGUUACUGUUCUCUGCUUUGCGCCGAUCUUUAUGUUUUAGUUUUUUUUUUUUUCUCAAUGUAAAGUAUGGAUUUUCUGAGUCAAUGAGUAUCAUCGUACGUUGAUAUUCGCUGGUGUGUUGGAAGUUAGAACCUUAGUGUUUGGUUAGAUUGGGAGAUUUUUAGAAUUGUGGUGAGGAUUUAGAUCGGAAAAUAAAAUAAAAAAAUGGAGGAAAGAGGAUUCAUGUCACCUUCAUUGGCGUCUUAUCGUGAAGGAGGAGGAGGAGGAAGCAAGGGAUUGUCGCGACGGAGACCAAUGAGACCGAGCUUUGACGCGGAUAACGAGUUCAUUACCUUACUCCAUGGCUCGGAUCCCGUUAAAAUUGAGUUGAAUCGUCUGGAGAAUGAACUCAGAGACAAGGAUAGAGAGUUGUCUGAAGCUCAAGCUGAGAUCAAAGCAUUGAAGUUGUCUGAACGGCAAAGAGAAAAGGCUGUUGAAGAGCUCACCGAUGAGCUGGGAAAGAUGUCGGGGAAACUCAAACUGAUUGAGAAUCUUCUUGAGAGUAAAAACCUUGAGAUCAAGAAAAUAAAUGAAGAAAAGAAGGCUUCCAUGGCAGCUCAGUUUGCAGCAGAAGCCUCUCUUCGUAGGGUUCAUGCUGCUCAAAAGGAUGAUGACAUGCCUCCAAUUGAAGCUAUUCUUGCUCCUUUAGAGGCUGAACUGAAACUCGCAAGACAAGAAAUUGCUAAACUUCAAGACGACAACAAAUCACUGGACCGCCUUACCAAAUCAAAGGAAGCAGCUUUGCUAGACGCUGAAAGGACAGUUCAGUCUGCAUUGGCAAAGGCUUCAAUGGUUGAUGAUUUACAGAACAAGAACCAAGAGUUGAUGAAACAAAUAGAAAUUUGUCAGGAAGAGAAUAGAAUUAUAGACAAGAUGCACAGACAGAAGGUUGCAGAAGUUGAGAAGCUUAUGCAGAGUGUGCGGGAGUUAGAAGAAGCUGUUCUUGCUGGUGGUGCAGCCGCAAAUGCAGUCAGAGAUUACCAGAGGAAAUUUCAAGAAAUGAAUGAAGAGAGAAAAAUUCUUGAACGGGAACUGGCCCGUGCUAAGGUUAAUGCAAACAGAGUUGCUACUGUAGUAGCAAACGAAUGGAAAGAUUCUCACGACCAAGUGAUGCCUGUAAGGCAAUGGCUUGAAGAACGGAGAUUCAUGCAGGGAGAAAUGCAGCAACUACGUGACAAACUUGCCAUAGCUGACCGAGCUGCAAAGUCUGAAGCUCAGCUGAAGGAGAAAUAUCUACUGAGGCUUAGAGUGUUAGAAGAGAGUCUAAAGAAGCCUACAAGCAGCAGCAACAGAGGCACUCCUCGUGUCCGUAGUUCAAGCAAUGGGCCUUCACGAAGACAAUCCCUUGUUGGAGCCGAAACGAGUCCAAAACAUUCAUCAAAUGGUUCUGUGGCCAAGAGCAGACCAAGUUCUCAGCCAAGAUCAUUAACUGCUAGUGCAAGCACUGUAUUGAAGCAUGCUAAAGGAACAUCUACAUCAUUCGAUGGGGGAACCAGAUCACUGGAUAGAAACAAAGUACCAUCAAAGUUUCCUUCGAACCACCAGCCAUCUGAAGGAGGUAGCAGAGUUGAGUCGCCUAGCUUAGUAAAAGAGGAAGAAGCAGAUGCCAAGUCAAGAGAUAAUGAUAGUGUCCCAGGUGUCUUAUACGAUUUGCUGCAGAAAGAGGUGAUAACAUUGAGAAAAGCUGCUCAUGAGAAAGAUCAAAGCCUGAGAGACAAGGAUGAUGCUAUUGAGAUGUUGGCAAAGAAGGUUGAAACAUUAACAAAGGCGAUGGAAGUUGAGGCAAAGAAGAUGCGAAGAGAAGUAGCUGUAAUGGGGAAAGAAGUUGCUGCCAUGCGCGUGGAUAAAGGACAGCAAGAUAGUAAAACCAAACGUAUCUCUUCCACCUCUAGAGGAUCUACAAACACUGCGCAACUGCUUUCUGGAAGAGUGUCUGGACGAAUUGGGAUGACAAAGAGCACAUAAGAACAAGCUGAUUCCACCAAGGCACCAAGCAAUUCCGAUCGUGGUCUAUGUUCAUGUACCAAACCGAUGAACCGUCACUAGGAAGAGUGGAUAGAUGUGAUCAAAAGUUCAAAGAGAUAAGAAACCGGUUUGGUUCGGUGUAAAAAGAUAUGAACUUUACUUGGCUUAUAUAUAUUUUGCCUGAUGAUUUUCUUAUUUUGUUGUUGUUGGUAUAAGAGAGGUAAGGCUUUUUGUAUUACGUAACAUUUUAAGCUUUUAGUGUGUGAUUGUUUGUCUCUUAGCUCUGUUGUUUAGUCAAAAAUAUAUGAGAGCCUGAAUUUUGUUGUUGUAGAGCACUGAAUCAAGUGGUCAAAUUUAACCGAACAUAAC